AUGCUGAGAAAAAGAAGCAAAAGAAAUACAGAUAAUGCCAGAGAGCGCACAGUGACAGCGAGAGCGGCAGGAGGGCACAGCGACAGCGAGAGCGGCAGGAGGGCACAUCGACAGCGAGAUCGGGAGGAGGGCACAGCGACAGCGAGAGCGGCAGGAGGGCACAGCGAGAGCAGAAGGAGGGCACAGCGAGAGCAGCAGGAGGGCACAGCAAGAGCGGCAGGAGGGCACAGCGACAGCGGCAGGAGGGCACAGCGACAGCGGCAGGAGGGCACAGCGACAGCGGCAGGAGGGAACAGCGACAGGGGCAGGAGGGCACAGCGACAGAAGGGCACAGCGACAGAAGGGCACAGCGACAGAAGGGCACAGCGACAGCGAGAGCGGCAGGAGGCCACAGCGAGAGUGGCAGGAGGGCACAGUGACAGCAAGAGCGGCAGGAGGGCACAGUGA